GGUUGGAGAUGGCGGCGUCCGUGGGCCCCGUGGAGGUGGCGCUGGUGGCGGUUGCCGAGGCGACGGCGGGGGGCGCGGCCUCCGUGGCGGGCGGCGCGGGCUGCUGGGUGUGGGAAGUGGGCUCCGGGGCGGUUGUGGGCGGCUACCGUGGGGGGAGCUUCGCCGCCAGAGGGUUGGCGCUGCUCGGAGGGGAGUAUCUGCUGGGGGCGCAGCUCGGCAAGGCCUGGCUCGGGGCCUGGGAGCUCCAGAGGAAGGAUCAGCUCCAGCAGAAGAUCAUCUGCCCCGGGUUAGUGUCCUGCUUGACGGCCGCUCCCAACGGCCUCUACAUCCUGGCAGGCAUUGCCGAGAGCAUCUAUCUCUGGGAGGUCUCUAGCGGGAACCUUCUUGCCAUCCUGAACCGGCACUACCAGGACAUCUCUUGCCUGACCUUCACGGACGACAGCAGCCAUUUCCUCUCGGGGGCCAAGGACUGCCUGGUGAUCGUGUGGAGCCUGUGCAGCGUUCUGCAAGCGGAGCACGGCCAAAGCCCCGAGCCCCGCCACGUGUGGUCGCGACACAGCCUCCCCAUCACGGACCUCUGCUGCGGGGUCGGCGGACCCAUGGCACGGGCCGCCACAGCCUCCCUAGACCAAACAGCCAAGCUCUGGGAGAUCUCCUCGGGGGACCUCCUCCUGUCCGUCGUCUUCGAUGUGGCCAUUAUGUCCGUGACCCUUGACCUCUGCGAGUAUUUCAUGUUUUGCGGCGGCAUGGAUGGCUCCAUUUUCCAAGUGGAUCUGUGCUCCUGGCCUGCGCAAAGAGAGAGGGGCUUUCGGACUGAGCGGGAGAACGGCAAAACCUUCCAGGGGCACAGGAACCAGGUGACAUGCCUGUCAGUCUCCACCGACGGAAGCCUCCUGCUCUCCGGAUCGCACGACGAAACCGCCCGGCUGUGGGACGUCCAGAGCAAACAGUGUCUGCGCACAGUGAAUUACAAAGGCCCGGUCACCAACGCCUUCAUCACUCUGGCACCAGCCAACAUGCUCAAUCCAGACAGCAAGCCCAGCGUGCCGCUGCCAAAAUUCAGCCGCCACCUCUACAACGUGGACAGCAUGGAGCGCUCAGCCAACGAGGGGCUGACUGUCUGCCUCGGACUGUAUCAGAAGGGAUCUGGUGAAACCUACUUGGAGAAGGCAGAGCGGUUGUACUCCCAGAUGUGUUUGACGAGAGAGAAGAACCUGAUGGGAGACCAGGAGCAGCUGAAACUCCAGGUGGCGGAACUGGAGGAGGAGGUCGGCACCCUGCGGAAGAUCAACAAGAGCCUCUUCGACUUCUCCAGCCGCAUCAUCACCAAGCCGGGCAAGCAGUAGCCCGCUCCCGAGCUUGCGUCUUCGAGAGAGGGGAGAAGCAGGCCGAGGGCCCGGCCUCAGACGUGGGGGCGCUCCCUGUGCACAUCGAGUCUUCUUUUUCCUGGACCAGUAGGUGCCGAGCAUAACCUUGCGGGCCUCUCUCUCCGCGCCCGUGCCCACGGCGCCACAAAGACUGCAUGGCCAGCCAGGCCGUGUUCUUCUGCUGUGCGUCAGCCACGAUGGGCCCGGUUGAGUCGGGAGGAAAGGCUGGGAAGGACAGUUCUAUAGGACAAAAAAGGAGUCUGCUUGAGGGCACGAGCUGAGGCCCUCCCCGGGUCCUUCUCUCUGUCGCACGCAGUAAUGUAACCUCGAAUACAGAUCCACAGAUCUCUUGACAUCCUGUGCUAUCGAGCUGGAAACCACGGUGCUGUUUCAGAACCUCUUUUUAUACCAGAGCUCCUUUUGUAGGCUUUGUUUUUUUGGGGGGGGGGAAGGGUACCUUUUUGUGUAGUUCAGAGGGAGUUUGCCGCAUCCCAAGGGGGAAUACGGAUAUAUAUUUACCUUUCUUGUUGACUGUGGGAAUGCGGCAGACUCCUCCCAAGCCUGUUCCUCUUUUUAUGCCAGAUCUGUCUGGAAGGGAGUUGGGGAAAGGAUCGUAUUUCCAAAUGCUUCCUUCCCUCUCCUGGGGAAAAAAUAAUAAUAAAUUCCCUGUUAAUAGCAAUCUA